AUGAAACUAAUUGUUGGCUUGGGUAAUCCCGGUAAAGAAUACAAAAAUACUCGGCAUAAUUUAGGUUUUGAGGUUAUCGACCAAUUGGCUAAGGAAUUAAAUGUCGAAUUAAACAAAAAAAAAUUCAACGGGCUAUAUUGUCAAACCAGUACCUAUAUUCUUCUCAAACCCCAAACUUAUAUGAAUAAUUCUGGUGAAUGUAUUUCUUCCUUUCUGAAUUAUUUUCAAAUAUCUCUGGAUAAUUUACUAGUAAUUUAUGAUGAUAUUGCUUUGCCAUUAGGGAAAUUUCGUUAUCGUAGUCAAGGCUCUGACGGAGGGCAUAAUGGAAUGAAAAAUAUUAUUGAAUUAUUGGCAAAAAAAUAUUACGAAAUCCUUCAACUAACAAAUGAAGCCGAAUUUUUGGCUAUGACGUGUGCCCAACUCCGAACCAAGGCCAAAAGGGAGAAAAUUUCUCACAAAAGAGCUGGCCGAAAUGAAGAAUACUUGAAAGUGGAAGAAGCCCAAAAAAAAAUUGGCGAUGACCCAAUUUUCCGUUUAAAAUACGAUACCCCUAAUGGUGGCCGAUUAGACGAAAUAUCACAAGCCCUUGUUACUCUUAUUAAUAAUGGUAAUGUUGAGGAUGCGGAUGGUGCUUCGAUUGAUGGCAGCACCAAGAUUACCGACGAUGAUAUUAGGGGAAUAGGCGGAGGAAGAACUGCCGAAUUUGAUGAUAUCGCGAAUGAUCAUAUAAUAUCGGUAGAAGAAGCCUUGCAAAAUACUGGAAAAAGGAUAACAGAGAUUAAUGAUGAAGAAGGCAUUCAAACUAGAAUGCACCCAACAACUAUGAAAGAAGAGCCAGCGUUGAAUGCAGACGGCACUCCAAAGAAAGAUGGAAUUUUCAAAAAAUUGGGUUGUCCCGUGGGUGAUUGUCGAGCCCAUAAAAAAGUUAGUAGUUCUCAACCAGGAGAAUUCGAUGGCAUACUUAAAGAGGCUAUUGAUUUAAUAAACAAAAAGAAAAAUAAUGGCGGACCUAACCCUCCCCCACCUUCUCCUGAUAUUCAGGCCAGAAAGGACGCUAUUAACGAAAUUGAAAAAAAAUUACAAGAAUUUAAUUUAAAGACUUUUCGGGAUGACAUUCCUAUAACUCAUGAUUUAAAAUCCCUUUUUGGAAAUUUAAAGGGAGUAGUCAUCACGAAUAAAAAGGAUGAUUUACUAACAUUAAUAAAUGACUAUCAAACGAAACGAACAACUCUUAUUGUUGAUGCUGUCAAGUUAAUUGAAGGUGAAUUAGAUAAAACAGGAUUGAAAAGUGAUUCUGCUUCCCGAAGUCAAGCGGCUAUUGACGCAGCGAUUCAAGAAAUAGAAAAAAAUUUACAAGACAGUAAAGACCAGCAAGGAAUAAAUGUGGAGUUAGAAAAAUUAAAAAAGUUGAUAAUGGCGGAAAACGACAAAACUUUUGGCGGUAAGAUAAAAAACCAAAAAAUAAUUUUGGACUCAAGAACAAGUGCCAUUAAGAAGACUAAAGAUAGUUUGAAAGAAGGUCAUAAAAAACUUGUAGUAGAAGAGAGCGAACUACCAACCGAACUUUUUGCUCCGUACAAAACAUUAGAAGAAAAAUUAAAUAGUUUGGACAAAAUUGAGGAUAUUACUGCUUUUGAAAAUAAUUUAUUAUCCAAAGUGGCCGAGAAGAAAAAGGAAAAAUUAUCGGCUAUUGCUGAUGAGGCUAUUCAGACAAUUAAGAAAGAAUUACAAGGAGGAGAUUACGAAUUGGGACAAAAUAAGGACUUUGAAAAAAUGAUUAAAGGAAUGAUUGACCCUGAUGAUAUUGAGAGAAGAAAGUUAAUUUUACUAGAUUUAAUUGCCGAACAAAAACAGGCCGCACAAAGUGAUGUUGUGGAGAAUACUAAAAAAAACAAACAAGAAAAACCUGGAACUUCUUGA